GAGAGGAAGGCAGGCUGAGCAGCGCGCGCGCGGGCGACAAGAAGGACGGCGCGGUGACCGCUCUGAGCGACGAGCACGAUGAGUCCGUCGCUGGGGGGCCCUGAGGCGCGGGGGGGACACCGUGGCGGCAGCGCUCGGUGUUCUCUAUGACCCCCCCCCCGCGCCGCUUCUUCGGCUGGGGUCGUCGUCGACGCCGCUCCUGAGGAACCGACGAGGAGCCCCCCACCCUCCCGUUUCUCGUGUGAGGGAAGGGCCCUGGCUCCCCCCGCACCACAGUUUUGACUGUUUCUUCUGUGGCGUCUGUGUGGAAAGUGCCACACACACUCCUGAACAACAACGGCUUUUGCUUGUAUCUUCCAGUGUUUCUUUUGUCAGCGAGUUCAGCAAAGUUGUAAUUCAAGUGCCAGCCCUGAUCAGAGUGAGGAACCAGCAACAGAGAUGGUAAAAAUGACAAAAUCCAAAACGUUCCAGGCUUACCUGCCAAACUGUCAUCGAACUUACAGCUGUAUCCACUGCAGAGCCCAUCUAGCCAAUCAUGAUGAACUGAUUUCCAAGUCUUUUCAGGGAAGCCAGGGACGAGCCUACCUCUUUAAUUCAGUGGUCAAUGUGGGCUGUGGUCCUGCAGAAGAGAGAGUUCUCCUGACAGGCUUACAUGCAGUAGCAGAUAUUUAUUGUGAAAACUGCAAAACCACCCUUGGAUGGAAAUACGAACACGCGUUUGAGAGCAGUCAGAAGUACAAAGAAGGAAAAUUCAUCAUUGAACUUGCCCACAUGAUCAAAGACAAUGGCUGGGAGUGAGAUUGGAAUAUUCUCAUUCUUUAUGGACAAUGACUCUGUGGAACAUGCUUUAUAAAGACUAAUGCAAAAACAAAACAAAACGGAUUUUGGUUGAGGUGGCUGAGAAAAUCACUGAAUUUUUGAAACCUCCAAAAUAAGUAGUCUAAUUUGUGGCGUUUUUUCCCUUUCCAGGCCAUGUUUUGCCUUUUCCUCUUUGUGUAAGUUCCUUUCUUUUGUAUAUGUAUUUGUGUGUGAACAGUUUUGGAUGACAUUUUUUCUAAGCUCCUAAAUUCUAGAGGAAUAGUUUGUUCCUUAAUAGCACAUUAGUUUUACUGGUUGGCAUCUAUCUUUUGACCUCUGCCUUUGAACACUCUUUUCUGGUGUGCAUGUUUUUGCCCCUUACUUUCCCCAGAGUCUUUUCAGAGGCAUGAGUGGACGGGAGUGGUCUGUCCCCUUCAUCCGUAGCAACUUCUGAGGUCUUUUUGCAGUGAAAAGGAUGCAGUGCUGUAGUGGCCAUUACUGCUUUUGAUAAUUUUGUGUGAGCUGCGAUCUGCAGACGCGUCUUGGACGGGCUGGUAAAGGUUCAGUCAGUGAUACUGACUGAUAUUAGGGAAAAUUCACUUUUCUUUUGUUAGUUUGUUUUUAAACAGGCAGGGGGAGGUUGGACAAUAACGUACAAAGAUAACUAAUACUGUAGAAGAUAUGAAAAUCUAAAUCAAUACAUUCCUGAGAAAGUAAAGCUUUGGUCUAUUUAGGAAGAGUUUCUUACAAAGUCUUCGAGAUCAAAGGGCACAAAUAUAUGCAGCUCUUGUUUUUAAGAUGUCAGUGUAAAAUGUUUUUGGUCCUGGACCUUGAACAGGGACUUGUACAUCACUUGAGGUUGUAUGGCUGGUUCCAUGUAGCUGCCUAGUGUUCAUGCACUGGACAAAGAGGUUGAUAUCUGUGAAGCGGUCUGCUGCUGCAGUGCUUAAGCACAAACUUAUUUUUGGUAUGGAGAAAUGGCCAGUGGCCAUAGCUCUUACAGCUGUACCUGUGAGAGGCUGGAAGUUGGCAAGCAGGUAAGAAAGGGGCAAAUUGAUUUAAUCUCUUCAUAAAAUAGCAAAAAUAGUUUUUUAAAGGGGGAGGGGGGUGCUUGAUUUGCUGGCUGAAUCAUCCCCAAGCACGUUUUUGUAAUAAACAUUUGUGUGAAACAAACACCACCUUGUACUUUUCCCCUAGCUCCUGCUUUUCUGAAAUGGGUUGACCCAAUCAGACACUUCUGGGACGUGACUGUGUGCGCAGAGGUUCACUAAAGAGAACUUGCAGGCAUACGGGAGAUUUGACUAAUUUUUUAAUGUCAUGUUUUUUGCAUUCAUUUUUGCUCUGAAAUAUACAAAAAGAAAAAUGUGUAUGGGAGGACGUUUUUACACUAACACUACAUAACUGCCGCUAAUAGCAUGAAUCACAUGAAAGCCUUGCCUUAGAAACUGCUCCUUCCUGAUUUGUGGCUUUUCAGUGUUUUCUCCUUGCUAGCUGCUGCUAACAUCCUGUGAAUAGGGCUUUCAUAUCUCUGUUGCACUUUACCUAUACCUUUCAUGUAAAAGUACGAGUCGUCUUUCUCUAAAGAUAAGCCUGUUGUUUUUUCCUUGUGGCUGAGGAAUCCUUUCCCAAUCUAAAAUAUCUGGGAAGUAAUAUGGUUACACUGUGACGCAAAAAGGACAUUGAAUAUACCUAUUUAUAUAGAUAUAGAUAUAUAUAGUGACCUCUUAGGCAUUCAAAUCCAAAGAGCUGUAUCAGUGACAGCUAGAUUCAAAUUUUUGUUUUGCCGAACGACUUUUUUAUUCUGGUGCUUUAUUUAAUGAGAAUGAGUUUGGAUCCGUGAAUCUUCAGUCCAGUACUUGAUCCCAAGUGCACUGUAAGCGAGAUUAACCUUGAUUUGCUUCUAGACAGAUGGGUUUUUUUUUUGUGAAUGUAGUGCCACUACUCUAAGUGAACAGGGAGUUCUUUGAAAGGGACGUGCUUCCUAGCAAGGAGGCUUGACUCUGUGGUAGCUGGUUUAGUCUCACCAUUCCUUGUGCCAUCGUUGAGCUUUCUGGUCUGUUUGGGCUGUUGCCAAUCAGCCUGGGAAUUGCUACAGGCACUGUGUGUCUUGCAGGUUUGUGACCCGUGCAGGCAUCUCUUCUAAUAGCUCCUGGGCAAAUGUCAGUAAUUCAAAUUGUAUAUCACUUUUCAGUUUUGUUUUGUUUUUUAAUUCGGAGGUCUGUUUUUCUUCUCUUUAUUGCUUAUGGCCAGAACAGUAAAGAACCCCAACUCUCUGGUACAGCAUCUACUUGCCAGCAACAAAAGUACCGACAUUGUAAGUGGCAAACAAUUUUGUGUUAGCUUCCCAUGCUGGCUGUCACAAGCACCACCUUUGGACCCGUUUCGACAUAUGUGUCUCCUUCAGUAGCAUGGCUGUGCUCAGAAGAAUUUCUCUCGCCUAUAAGAAUCAGAGUGCAAAUUUAAAGGGGAGGAUGAGACAAAACAAUGAAGGGGGCAAAUCUUUUGAGAGUUAGUCAACCUCUUUUUAUCAGUGCAUUAUUUGUAUUCCAGGCGUUAGUCACGUAGAGGUAUACACCACUUUGUGCACAAAUGCAUGUAACUGAAAGCCAACUGCUUUUUUUUAAGGUGGUAAAAACACUUUGGGGGAGGGUAUUUGACAGUGAAGGGGAGAGUUGCUUGAUCUCUUUGCUGCUUCCAAAUCACUAUCCUCCCCACAACUCCCCCCCCUCCAUUGCAAGGUCAAAGUGCAUUUGGAACUGGGGGGGAGGGGCUGCUAGAAGUAUGUCUGACUUAAAGUGCUAUUGUUUCUCCAUCCGCCAUCUCCCCCUGCACGAAGCAGUUUUUCAACCUAAGAAAAGAGCCGUUGCCCUUCAGCUGUAUUCAUUUGCAGGGCGCAUAUAGUUUAGGUAUCUUCACCAAACCUAAAGUUGAUCUGGAUGCCGAAAGUUGAGGCUCAAAAAGGUUGCCGCCUGGAAUAUCAAAUUAUAGAUAAAAAACAACUGGUGCAAAAAAACCCAGUUAAGAAUACCUAAUAGAGCAAUAUUUUACUAUUCUGAAAAAGGGAUGAGGAAUUUGCAGAGAAUUUAAAACUAAUACUACAGGUAUCGAGUAGCAUUGGGGUGGGGGGAUCAUUUAACUAUUUUGUACUUUGCUUUGGAGGGAGACUUUAAAAUUGGCUGCUUCGAUUUGGCAGUUUCUGUGAAAGUAGACUCCAGAUACUGAUGGGUGUUGGUUUGAGUAUAUAUAAAGAUCAGUCUGGUUACUGAACUUUCCAGCAUUACAUAAAACAUAAUACUUGAAAAGCAUUUUACAACACAUUUUCCCUAUAACCAUUUUUUGUAAUGUAUUCUCUAUUUAAGCUUUUGUGUGUUCUUUCUGGGCAAGUGUACACUUCCCUUCUGACUUGAGCACUUUUGUUACCUGUUAUAUUUUAUUACUGUUGGUCUUAACAUUUAUAUGUUUUUUUUAUAAAUCGUAACAAUUGGGGGGUAUGAAAAUUGUGUGUGUUACCUACUAGGAUUUCAUGUUUUGUUCUGGAUUAUAUGAACGGACUACAAGCUGGUUCUUGGAAAGAAUGUUCAUUUGCACAUAUGAGAAUGUGCUAGCAAAAAUGUACACGUAUUGAAGUAUUUUUACCCCUUUGAACUCAAUAUCCAACUUUAUCACCAAACAGCAUGACGUGGCUGAGGACCAGUUUGGGUGCCUUAAAAAUCUCCAGCUCCACGGAUGAAGCUGUGUAGAGGAAGGGAUGGCGUAGCUUGUGCAGCAACCUGCCCUGAAUACAAAUACAGAAACCAUGGCCGUCAGUGUUCAUUGUGCCAGAUCAGACAUUUCUUCCUCCAUGGCAGCUCAUCUGUGGGGUGUGCUCUUCAUGGAGGAUUUUGGUGCAUCUAAAUUGACCUUGUGGACAACCUGUCUCUAGUUCCUGUUUUCUAGUUCCUGUGGCUUGAAUGUUACUGUCCUCAAUGUGGCAGUUAUUCCUCUCUCAAUAGCCGUAGCUGCUUUUUAACUGUUGGAAGAAAAUGCCACACUUCCCACCUCCUAAAUUGCAACUCUUACUCCAUAAUCCAAAUGAGGGCUUUUCUGCCUGGGUUUUUUUUUUCGGUACAUGUAGAUUUGACUUGAUGUACUAACUGCCACAAAUAUCUUGUUUAAGUCUACAGCAUCUCUCUAGCCUCAGCCUGUGCUAAAAAAGGGUGGCUAAAGAUGGAGGCCUUUUCUUUUGGCUGAUGCUUUAAUGUAUAGGCAACAUGGUGUGAUCUGUACUGGAGUUGUCCUGUUGCACAUCCUAAAACAUGGCAAGUUAAAAUUUCUCCAUCUCUCUUUAAUUUGCUUCGCUUACUUGAAAUCUUAUCUCCUAGAACCAUGUGACAGUUGUCAAAAGUUUACAAAGUAAAGAUCAAAUCAAAGCAGCAGUAGUUACCUUCUGAGGGAAAAGGACAGCCUGUGCAUCAGCUCUAGUAGGUGUGUCCCAUUUUGAUUCUGAAUGAGUUUGAAAUGUGAGAGACUUAGAAAAUACUGACAUGUAAGCAUUUGGUAUGAUAACUGCUGUUUGUACUGUCGUACCCAGGUAUCCACACGCUUUCAAAAUACUGAGGUUGUACAAGGGGUGAAAAUGGAAGCAGGCAUUCAAAAUAAUGAUCUAAGGGCACCAUGUACCGUAGUAUUUGUGUAAACCCAACUAGUCAUAUCCCUUAUUUGUUGUAAAGAACAGGAAUUUCAGAAACAUCUUAGGGUCAAACACCAUGAGUCAUAGGUGGCCGUUGAUGUGCCUCGUUGCUGGAACACCUUUUGGAAAUGCUUUCUUUUGCAGCUGAUGUGGCUUCUUUCUGGUUUUUUGUCUUAGCAAUACUGUACACAAUUUGUUGUUUCAUUUUGUUGUAUCCGAGGUAUCACAAUAAAAGCUUUCAGUUUUAUUGAA